AUCUGUCAAUGUCCAGAGGAAGUCUCGGUAAACGCAGCAAGGUCUUUCAGUGAGGGUGACAACAAGGAGGACAAGAAACACACCAAGUAGAGGAAGACGAGGAAACAAUGCAGUCCAUCAACGGUACGAACAUCACAAACUCAACCGAGCCCUCCUCCGUGGAACAGUAUAAAGAACCAGAAGCUCUCUACAUUUUCCGUGUGACCCUCUUCGCCGUGAUCAUCUCGGCCAGUAUAAUCGGAAACUCCAUGGUUUUUUAUGCUGUGUGGACCAUACCUUCUCGUAAGCCUCUAUCCUACCAUCUCGUCGCUAACAUGGCUUUUGCAGAAAUCCUAAGCAGCGUUUGUCUGGCUGUCAUGUUUGCGAGCUGGCAGAAUCCAACAAAAGCUGUUCUUCAAGAGGCCGCCUGCGUUUUGAACACAUUCCAAGUGAUUGCUCUUCUCGUUGUGACCUACUCACUGGCUGCCAUCGCUUUCUAUCGUUACAGAUUCAUUGUAAACCCACUUCCACGUGGACCAUCAGUUAAGAAGAUCAUAAUUCUAACCAUAACUGGGCUGUGGCUGUUGUCAUUUGCAAUCGCCUUUCCCUUUUUCAUCGGUCUCAGGUUUAGUAAUGGCAGAUGCAUCGAGCUGCCUAUCACAAACAAUGAGUACUAUGCGAUUAGUAGAUUCAUCUUGAAUUACGCUUUACCUUAUGUGAUAAUGCUGGCAUCUUACGGAGCAGUGGCCUGGAACUUGAAGAGGCGAAUAGUGCAGAUAGAGGAGAGAGCCCGAAACUCGACGGUCGCAGUUGAACUCGAGGUUAGGCUAGACAACCAACAGCAAGGUUACACUCCAUGCAGGGAGAACGAACCAAAAAACGUCAUGGUUGACCAAAAGAACCAAAGGGACAUUAAACCCAAAACUACUGAUCUGGAGAGAGAUUUACUUAAGAUGAUUUUUGUACUUAUUAUUAUUUUUGUUGUUUGUUAUUUUCCGUAUCAAGCUCAUUAUGUGUGGGAAAGGGUUUGUAAGAUCAAUGCGUAUGAAUUUCGAUAUCAUCAACUCUUUAUGGAUUAUAAUUUUAUUUUGACCUGCCUUCCCAGUGCCUUACAUCCUUUGUGUUAUGGAACAAUGAACAGUUUCUUCGCUAAGGCGUUCUCAAAAAUUUUUCUCUGUAAAUCUGUGCAAUCCUAGUUCAAACAAAUGGCAUAUCUUAGUGUAUAUAGAGCGUGUAAAACACGUGUCUAGCCGGCCUAAGAAUCGUAGCUCAAGUUUUUUUAUCGUUUUUAUUGUGAUAGUCAGGAUCUGUGUAACCAAUCUGAAGAUCGAGGUGAGAAAGGUUCUUCUUGUGCAUAUUUCCAUUACGUUUUGAUAUCUUAGUUGUGUAAAGCAAUAGGGCCGUAUAUAAUUAUACAGGAUUAUGUUUGAGUGAAAAAGCUUGAUAGGAGAGGAUACGCCCCGAAUUCAAACUAAUCCUUUUAAACUAUACAAAGCACGGAAUUGAAUAGCAUUAAAAUCCCGGGGAGGGGUGGACUCCCAUAUGAAACAGACAG